AUGGGAAAGGAAGUGUCACUGGCUGACGCUUUCCAGAGACGCCAUCCACGAUUUGGUCAGCGAGUUGAGAGUCACCGGGACAAGCUGAAACGUCAGAGGGACAAGCAGCAAGAGCAGAAGACCGCUGCAAAGCGUGAUACUGCUCCACCAGCGACAGACGAUCUACCUCCUGAGAAGCAGCAGCUGCUCACCCGCUUGGCUAGCGGCAGUCGCACUAAGAUUUCGAGCCGCGAGAUGAAAGAACGCAGUCGUCGCCUGUACCAUCAACUGCCUGAGGUCGUAGAGCGCAAGCGUCAGGAAGAAGAACGACGUCUGCAGCAGAAGCAGCGUCGACGAUAA